AUGGCAUUUCAGAUAACUAACAUUUAUAUGUUCGAGGGCAAGCUGCAUGAGGCGCUGCCUUCUUCAAGAAGAUUAUCUGAAGGCAUCAAGGAUCUCGUAACUGAUGCUCCCUUCGAUUGCUCCGAAUCAGCAAUGUGUCUUCAAGCUAUGGAUUCAUCACAUGUGGCCCUAGUGUCGCUCAAGAUGGAAGUGGGGCUUUUCGAUACGUAUCGGUGUGAUAGGACGAUUAACCUCGGAAUGUCGCUGGCGAACAUGUCGAAAGCAUUGAAAUGUGCCAACAAUGAUGACACGUGUAUGAUCAAGUAUGAGGAAGGCGACAGCGACAGUAUUACGUUCACAUUCGCUGACACGAAGAGGGACAAAACGCAGGACGUCACAGUUAAAAUGAUGGAUAUCGACAGCGAGCAUCUGGGUAUUCCCGAGCAAGACUAUGCUGUUGUGUGCGAAAUGCCUGCCUCGGAAUUCCAGAAGACGUGCAAAGAUUUGACCAUGUUCACUGAUACACUCAACGUUACAGCCACCAAGGCUGGUAUUGUAUUCUCUGGAAAGGGUGAUAAUGGUCAGUCGGUGAUCACCUAUUCACCGAAUAGCAGCGCUGACAGCGAAGAUGAUGCUAGUAACGCUGUGAGAGAUGGCACUGAUCCUGUCCAUAGAAUGCAACUUCUUCAAUCAAAUAACAUGAACCAGUUCAGCGAAAGCUCACUCACUAGUCACAGCCCGUAUCCUUUGACUGAUGAUGGAAAGUCGUCUGGUCAACAAAACGGCCAUCUGCGGUUCUACCUGGCCCCGAAGAUUGAUGAAGAAGAGAACAUGGAUUAA